AUGAACUAGCAAAAUUCAGAUGCAGAAAUGAGAUUUGUCAACUCCACAACUUCAUCCCCCCAUACUCAUAAACUUGCUAGAUAAAUACAUCCUUUAGAAUAAACGUAUAGUUAACAAGAAUAUGAUUCAACUCCUAUUCCAUCUAACAACCUAUUAGUUCUAACUAAGAAGAAAAUUAGAAAAGAAUUGUCAUAAAAUUAAAAAUGCAAUAGUGGACAUUGGACUCCUGAAGAACAUUAGACAUAUGUAGAAUUUCUUCAAAACCAUUAAACAUAAUCAAUAAGUAGUUAAGAAAAUAAGAAAAACAAUAAAAUCUUUAAGCUUAUGUCUUAAACGAUUGGAACUAGAUCACCAUCAUAAUGUAGGUCUCAUCAUUAAAAAUUCAAUCCUAAUACCCCAGUAAGUUAGAAAAGAAUCAAAAAAACCAACAAAUAAUUAAAUUCUAAUUUUCAGAUUAAAUUACCAAUCAAUAAUUUGAUUAAGCAAUUCUAUACUCCUGACCUUAAACCUAAUUUAGAGCCUAUGUUGAACUUUUAAGAUUGCCAUGAGUCAUAAGAUAUCCAAUAGGAGGAAUCUUUCAAAAUUAGAAUUCGAAAGUAUUCAUAUAGCAAUUUCGAUGAUAAUUAAAAUAUUUAUAAUUCUCAUUACAAUCUCCUUUUGGAAUGA